AAGUACAUGGACUUCGUUUCCAUCGCCGUACUAUCAGUCUCUGGAGAUUACGAAGCGAUAGCACAAACAAACAUGUUCCUUGUUUUUGCUUUAUAAAUGCGCCAAAAGCAACACCUCAACUUCAUUUCUGGCUACUUUCUUGGCUUCGAUUCUAUCGCUUGGUGGAGUCUCCAGAGGACCUCUCAUGGCUUCCCUUGCCGGAUCCACCGUUGUUUCCUUCAAAUCUGCUGCAGUUUCUGCCAAGUUUUCUGAGCAAAAACUCGGUCAGUUUCGCCAAUGGUCUCCGAUUCAGGUUCCGUCUCGGCCUUGCGUGGGGCUUCAGUGUAGACGUGGCAGCAGCCGCUCGUUCACUUCUUCUGCAGUUGUAAGAGCUCAGGUUGCCACAACUGAACAAGCAAGCACUCAAACAACUCAAAAUGUAGAAGCUCCUGUAGCUGUAGUUACUGGAGCCUCUAGAGGAAUUGGUAGAGCAAUUGCAUUGUCUUUGGGUAAAGCAGGUUGUAAGGUCCUGGUAAAUUAUGCUAGGUCAUCAAAGGAAGCUGAAGAAGUUUGCAAAGAGAUUGAGGCAUUUGGUGGUCAGGCUCUUUCUUUUGGUGGGGACGUUUCAAAAGAAGCUGAUGUGGAAUCAAUGAUCAAAACUGCUACUGAUGCAUGGGGUACCAUGGACAUAUUGAUUAACAAUGCAGGAAUUACUAGGGAUACCUUGCUGAUGAGAAUGAAGAAAUCACAGUGGCAGGAGGUUAUUGAUCUGAAUCUCACGGGUGUAUUCCUCUGUACACAGGCAGCCACCAAAAUCAUGAUGAAGAAGAAAAAGGGAAGGAUAAUCAAUAUUGCGUCAGUUGUUGGUCUGGUUGGAAAUGUUGGCCAAGCCAAUUACAGUGCUGCAAAAGCUGGAGUUAUUGGCCUGACAAAAACAGUUGCAAAGGAAUAUGCAAGCAGAAACAUUAAUGUCAAUGCUGUUGCACCAGGAUUCAUUGCAUCUGAUAUGACUGCGAAACUUGGGGAGGACAUUGAGAAGAAGAUCUUGGGGACAAUUCCAUUAGGAAGAUAUGGCCAACCAGAUGAAGUUGCUGGACUGGUGGAAUUCUUGGCUCUCAACCCUGCUGCUGGUUACAUCACUGGACAGGUGCUCACGAUCGAUGGAGGAAUGGUUAUUUAGGUCAAUAACUCACUGCACCUGGUUAAAUUGCGGAGUUUGAUUGCUAACGCUCAAACUACAGCUCAAUUGGUUAUAUCUGAGUCGGUGUACACUCCUUUGAGGCAGUUUUGACUUGAUGAUGUUUCAUAAUAAGCAACUCAGGCAAGUUUGGAAAUAAUUUUAUCUAAGCAUGUUACCGUAGUAGUUGUUGUGGCUUCAUUUGAGAAAGUAGUUUUCGAAAUAGUCAUACUGCUGCUUUAUUCACUUUAGUGGUUUCCAAAAAGUAAUUUAUGCUAUAUUAGAACAAAUAGUAGUGGAUAGUUUUGUAUCUGUGAGUCAUUUUGCAUCUCACAAGGUAAAUGGCAAGCUCACUUGUUCAUUUGUUUAAGAAUAUUAUGCAUAUAUAUUUAUUUUCUCCGGAGAAAUCAUUUGUU